AAAAAAAAAUACAAAUCCCAGAAACGACUGAGCUGUUUCCGUUUCCGCGUGAUCGUGCUGAGACAAAAAACAGUAUUUUUGCUUUCUCUGUGCUAAAAUGUCGGUAUCAGAGUGGCGUAUUGCAUUGAAGCUGGCAGACAAGCCCUCGGCAGCAAAGUCGUUGCUGCACCUUCCUGAAACGGACCCAGGAGAGAUGUCUCCUGGGGGUUACCGGAUCGCCACACUAAAGCAGCUCAUUGCAGCCCAGCUGCCUGACACCGUGCCUGACCCAGAGCUCAUUGAGCUGGUGUAUUGUGGAAGGAGGCUGAAGGAUGAACAGAGCUUAGAUUUUUAUGGGAUUCAGCCGGGAUCAACGGUCCACAUCCUAAAGAAAUCCUGGCCAGAGCCAGAGGUUAAACCAGAGCGCGUGGACAAGGCUGCAGCUGCAAGGGAGUUUCGAGUGCUUCAGACAGCUCUGCACAGCAGCCCUUCUUACAGAGACUCGGUGUUUAAGAUGUUGAAUAAUAAGGAAUCUUUGGAUCAGAUCAUCGUGGCCACUCCAGGCCUUAGCAAUGAUCCAGUGGCUUUAGGGGUGCUGCAAGACAAAGAUCUGUUUGUCUUGUUUACAGAUCCCAGUAUGCUGGAUACGCUGACUGUGUCUCACCCAGCCCUGGUCAACGCCAUCAUCCUAGUCCUGCACUCAGUGGCCAGCAGUGCCCCUGCUACACAGAGCGCCAGCACCUCGCGCAAUGUCUCUGCCAGCUCUUACAGCGACAUGCCAGGAGGCUUUCUAUUUGAGGGACUUUCAGAUGAUGAAGAAGAUUUUCAGCAGGGCAGCCGUGCCACACCAUCUACCAUUGGAGGAGCCACCGGCUCGCGACCAGCUACUCUGGGCUACAGCGGGGCUGCUGGUCCUCGACCAAUCACACAGAGUGAGCUGGCCACUGCCCUCGCCCUGGCCAGCACACCAGAGAGCAGUGCAGUCACUCCGACCACAGCCAACCAGGGCACCUCAUCCGGAGCAUCCCCAGUGAUGGGAUCCUCAGGAAUGCCAGCUGGAACCCCCAUCACCAAUGAUCUCUUCACCCAGGCACUACAGCAGGCAAUACAGGUGUCCAGCCUUUCAUCUCUGCAAAGCCAGUGGCAGUCACAGCUACAGCAGCUGAGGGCCAUGGGGAUCCAGGAUGAGGAACUCAUCCUGAGGGCCUUGCAGGCGACUGGAGGAGACAUCCAAGCAGCACUGGAGCUGAUCUUCGCUCGGGGGGCACCCUGAGGUGAGGGAGAGGGGACCUGAAAGUGACCAGACAGCUCCACCAAAACCACCUCUUUUGUAUGGAAAUGGACAGAAAUACAUGUGGAACAAGCUGUGGCACUGGAUUAUUUAAGAGGUUGUGUUGUCAGGGUUCUGUUCAGUCAUCAGAACAUAUUUAUGCAUGAUAGCCCUCCUGAGAUCCAGCAGCGACAUUGUAGUUGAGACUAUUGCUGCCUGAGAGAAGGUUGAAAAUGGUUGGAUGUAACUUUACAGGAAAUUCUUUUUUCUCGUAUGUUUCAGGCUUUUUGUUGACUGAAUUGUAUUUUUGACAACAGAUGGGUGACCUUUUAAAAUUACCAGAACAAACUGCUUUAGGUAAUACAACCUUUUGGUUCUCUUAUGCUUGCAAGAACUGAAAAGGUUUCAAAAUAUAUAAAGGAUAUUUUAACAUUGCUUUUUGAACUGGAAGAUGCCAAUAAAAUGUCAGAAAAAGACCCAACUUAAUUGUAUUUUAUCUUCAUUUUUAUGAGUUAUUCACUUUCAAAGUGUACCAUUUAAAAAAAUAAAUAAAUAAAUAAAAAGCCCCAGCAAUUAUUGAGACCAACUUUCUAACUUACUAAUUAGACAUUAAUAAAUUCCCCCCCUUUUUCACAUAUCCAUUUUACUUCUUGUUUACAAACGAUGUGAUAUGCCAUUAUGCCUGUUUUAGGUCAUAAAAAGUCCAUUCUACUUUGGAUAUAAAAUUGCUGUUUAGGUCUUGAGUCAAACUGUAGAAGCAAGUUUACUACAAAAGGUAGUUUAUGAAUGUAGAUGGAAUUAUUGCAACACAGGUUGAUGUUUUUCUGUAAUACUUCUUCAAAUACCCCAACAAAGACCAAGAAUUGGAAUUGAACUUCAGUCUGGUGAUACAGAUCUAUUAGAAUUGAAAAAUGUUUGUGCCACAACGUAAUCUGUUGCACUUGGUGUAAUGUAUUUUAUACAACAGAGAUAUAUCAAAACUGGAAUAAAUACAAUUAAUAUGUAAUCUCUAAAGCAUUUCCAAUAAUAUUGCAUGUGACAGAAAGGCAACACUUAGUAAUAAUCAUGUUUAAGAAAGGGGUAUCUGAUGAUGUGUGUUACAGUAGAACAGUCUGUAAUUCAGAUUGAUCUUCAUUUUCAAUGUGGAAUUCUCAAAUCUGAUAUUUUCUAAUACUGCAAUUCUCCAAAGCACAAGUAAAAGAUCUAGUUCCAGUUUACUAUGGUAGAAUAAGCUUUGAUUUAAUGGUAGUCAUUUUCAUUUCAGAACAGUAACUGAUUAGAAUCAUUUUAGGGGAUUAUUUUAAAGGCAAGUUGAUUAUUGUUUCUAUGAUCUUGGAAGUGUUUUUCACAAAAGAUUUAACAUCCUCGGUUACCUUCGGCACUGUGAUAUCUCUUGGCAAUUUUCUAUUGUUUUUGUAUUUACAUUUAAAUGGUAUUCUCCGCGAGUGAAAUACAUUCUAUGUUUUAAUUGAAAUUGUAUUUGUUUUGCAUAAAUAUGUGGUUGAUUUAUUACUCAUGUGUCUGUUCCUGUAUAUGUCGUUUGUAUUUAAAUGUAUGUCCACAGUUCCGUUAAGACCAUAUUUAUGGGUGCACUUAGCUUUGUAGAGCAGCCACUUAAGCAGAUAAAUGUGCUUCUUGUGACUAGGCUCUCACGCUGCUGUUAGACUCCCAAGC